AUGGCAAUGUUUGGCAUGGAUAACGAAAAGAAGACUCUGCUCGUUCAGGAAGUAUAUCGAAGGCCGCUUAUUUGGAAAGUCACUGAUCCCCGAUAUAGCGAUAUUCCUGCUCGUUGGCUUGCUUUUGAAGAAAUAGCUCAUGAAUUGAGUGAUGAUGAUUUAGUUUUCACCAGUGAUAUGAUUAAGGUAGCUUGGAAGAACAUGAUGGAUUACUAUAAUCAGAUACGCCGUAGGCAUGACCGAGCGGUUGCUGCUGGUUUCGAUCCACCAGAUUCAAAGUGGCAAUUCUUUAAUCUGAUGCAUUUUACAAGGCAGGAUAAACCACCUGUGAAGAGGAGAUAUAACUGGAUGCAGCCGUCAAAAAUUCCGCGUAGUAAUGAGUCGCUUGUUGCUCAGGAUGAUGAAGUUUUGAUUCAAAUGCGUAACAAUUAUGAAGCAGCCUUUGUCAAUAAUACCAUGAUUCCGAAAGCAGAAGCUCAGCGUGUGAUUUGUAUUACACCAAGAACGAAAGAAUCUGAGAAAGCACGUUUGAGAGCAAAACGUGAAGCUUUACGUGAUGCAAAUAUAGUGCAAUCAACAGCAUCACCAGUGGCUAAUGGUACUUUUGUUGGAACUCGUAAUGGGAAUAAGAUUUCAUAUAAUCGUACAAGAGCUGCUGCACGGGCAAAACUUGAAGCCACCCUAACGGAAACAGUUGAAAGUGAUUCGGACUACUUGGAAUCAAGUGAGUCUCAGGAGACAAAAGAGUAUAUAUUGCCCACUCGUCGUCGUGGAAGAUAUCGAAGAGAUAUCUAUUCUCCCGAGCCAGGUAGUGUCGCUCUGCCAUCGAAAUAUCGUCCUGCUACGAGGACUACGAAUACCUCGCUCAAAAAAAUGAAUGGAGUACAAAAACCGCAAGCUGUUGAACAUAUGUCAGCGAAACAGACAGUAGGUGAUGCUGACUCUUCACUUACUUUCGCCGAGCAUGUCGCGACGAGAUUAUUUAAGAUCAAAGAGAAAUCUCUGGCUGAUUAUUAUCGUAUUUGUGAUACAGUGGAAAAAUUAUUAGAUGAUGCGGAAACAGCACUCGACAUUGUGGAUACUGAUAUUAUGCUCAGUGACUAA